UCUUCCGGCUCCCGAGUCCGCCGGUACGGAGGGGGAAGCUCACCUGGGGCUGCGCGGGGCGCGAUCACGGGGGCAACUGGACCCGAGGAGGCGGCAGGUGAGGGGCUUCGGAGCUUGCCAAGCGCUCCGGAAUCCACGCAGGACUGGGCGCCGCGGCCGGGCGGGUCGCGGGCCUGGGAAGAACCCGAACGUCUCGCUUCAUCGUCGGUCUGCGGCUUUCCCGGCUCUGGACUACACUUCCCAUUGUCCCUCGCGGCGCGCGCCCUGCUUGCGCCCCCUGUCGGCGUCAGGGCUCAUAGCCCGGGUCCAUGGACCCCUUAGCUCUGCCAUCUCAGGACUCUGCCCUUCCCUAAGAGAGAAACCAGGAGGAGGACCCAUCAACCCAUGAAAUUUUGACAGUCAUGUCCCUUGGUUCAGACUUGUUCAGGGAUGUGGCCAUAGUCUUCUCCCAAGAAGAAUGGGAACAGCUGGCGCCUGCUCAGAGGGAUUUGUACAGAGAUGUGAUGUUGGAGAUCUAUAGCAACCUGGUCUCACUGGGUUUUGCCAUUUCCAAACCUGAUGUGAUCUCCUUCCUGGAACAAGGCAGAGAGCCCUGGAUGGUGGAGAAAGUAGCGACAGGAGGCCAUUGCCCAGUAUUGGAGUCCAGGUAUGAUACUAAGGUAUUAUCUCCAAAGCAGCACAGUCAUGAAGUACAAUCACCCCGGUGGCAGAUAAUGGAAAGCCUUACAAGUUAUGGUUUUGAGUGCUCAAGUUUCCAAGAUGAUUGGGAAUGCAGAAGUCAGUUUGACAGGCAAGAGGGAAAUCCAGAUGGACAUUUGAGUCAAAUGAUAAUCGAUAAUGAAGAAAUGUCCACUUUUGACCAGCAAGCAUCUCUUACUUUUUAUCAGAAAAUUCAUAUUGGAGAAAAACCCUAUGGAUAUAAUGAAUGUAGAAAAGACUUCUGGCCAGAGGACUACCUUAUUAAUCAUCAAGGGAUUCAUACUAAUGAGAAACCCUACAAAUGUAAGGAAUGUGGGAAGGCCUUUAAAUAUGGCUCACGACUAAUUCAACACGAGAAUAUUCAUUCUGGCAAGAAACCGUAUGAAUGUAAGGAAUGUGGAAAGGCCUUCAAUUCUGGUUCAAAUUUCAUACAACAUCAGCGAGUUCAUACUGGUGAGAAACCUUAUGAAUGUAAGGAUUGUGCAAAGGCCUUUAGUCGAAGCUCACAGUUGAUUGAACAUCAACGAAUUCAUACUGGUGAGAAACCCUAUCAGUGUAAGGAAUGUGGCAAGGCCUUCAAUCGGAUCUCACAUCUUAAAGUACAUUAUAGAAUUCAUACUGGUGAAAAACCCUAUGCAUGCAAGGAAUGUGCGAAGACCUUUAGUCAUCGUUCUCAGUUGAUUCAACAUCACACUAUUCACACUGGCAAGAAACUCUAUGAAUGUAAAGAAUGUGGGAAGGCCUUUAAUCAAGGCUCAACUCUUAUUCGACAUCAGAGAAUUCAUACUGGUGAAAAACCCUAUGAAUGUAAGGCAUGUGGGAAGGCCUUUAGGGUGAACUCACAACUUAAGCAACAUCAGAGAAUUCACACAGGAGAGAAACCCUACCAAUGUAAGGUAUGUGGUAGGGCUUUCAAACGGGUCUCACAUCUUACUGUACAUUAUAGAAUUCAUACGGGUGAGAAACCAUAUGAAUGUAAGGAAUGUGGGAAAGCCUUCAGCCAUUGCUCACAACUGAUUCAACAUCAGGUAAUUCAUACUGAGGAAAAGCCCUAUGAAUAUAAGGAAUGUGGGAGGACUUUAAAUCAUGACUCAACUACCGUUCAACAUCAGAGAAUGCAUAAUAGAGAAACACAAGUGAAUUUAAUAAAUGUAGAAAAACCUUCCAUCAGCACUUAUCCCUUAUUAAUCAUCAGAGAAUUUAUGUUAGCAAGCAACCAUAUGAAUGGAAAUAAUGGGAAGAGUCCAUUAGCUUAGGCUAAUCACAACUUACUCUUUAUAUCUUGGAGAAAGACUUGAAGAAUGUAAUGCAAGUGAGAAUUACUUUAUUCAGAGUUGUCCUUUAUCCUGAGUAAUAAAAUUCAUAUUGAAGAAAAA